UGUGUGUGUACAUAUUUCUUUUUAGUUUUUAUUAAUAUUCUAUAAAAAAUAAUGCAAUUAAACUAGUCAAACAGUUAAAGUAUCAUUAAUAAAAACCUCUUAAAACACGUUUUGCUACAAUACGCUCAAAAAUAUUAGUCAUUAGGCGGCUGUCAGUUGAGGACUACAACAAUAGUUUGGGAAAAAAAAGCAAGAAGCGCAAACGUGUAGCACAUUUUGUUAAAAAAAAAAAGAAAUAUUUACAUAAUGGAAAAUUUAAAAGAAGGCAUCCUUAUUGGCUGUGGCAAUCCUCUAUUGGACAUUUCCGCCACUGUCGACGAAGAAUUCCUGCAAAAGUAUGGCCUCAAGCCCAACGAUGCUAUUUUGGCUGAGGAAAAACACAUGCCCCUGUACAAAGAGCUAAUAGAAAAGUAUAAAGCUGAAUUUAUAGCCGGUGGUUCGGUGCAGAAUUCUUUGCGUGUUUGCCAAUGGAUUUUGCAAAAACCCAAAGUGGCCACUUUCUUUGGCUGUGUGGGCAAUGAUGAUUAUGCCAAGAUUUUAGAGGAAAAAGCCACCAAUGAGGGUUUAAAUGUUAAAUAUCAAUAUACCCAAGAGGUUCCCACUGGCACCUGUGGUGUUUUAAUUACAGGUACCCAUCGUUCGUUGUGUGCCAACUUAGCGGCUGCUAAUCAUUUUACCAUUGAACAUUUGCAAAAGGCUGAGAAUAAAAGGCUGUUGGAUAGUGCGGAAUAUUAUUAUAUAUCGGGAUUCUUCCUCACCGUCAGCCCGCCUAGUAUUAUGGAAGUAGCUCACCAUGCCCACAAACACAAUCGCAUGUUCAUGAUGAACUUGAGCGCUCCCUUCCUAUCGCAAUUCUUCAAGGAACCCAUGAUGGCAGCCAUGCCCUACGUCGACAUACUCUUCGGCAACGAACAAGAGGUCGAAACUUUUGCCAACGAACACGGCUGGGACACCAAAGAUGUGAAAGAAAUCGGUCAUAAACUAGUCGCUCUACCCAAAGAGAAUACACAACGUGAACGUAUCGUUAUCAUAACUCAGGGUCAUUUGCCCGUUUUACUCUUCCGCAAUGGUAAAAUUGAAGAAUUCCCGGUACAAGAAUUGUCGCGUGAACAAAUGGUCGAUACCAAUGGUGCUGGUGAUGCAUUUGUGGGCGGCUUCUUGGCACAAUACGUACAAAAGAAACCCUUUGAUGUUUGCAUACGUUGCGGUAUCUGGUCAGCCUCGCAAAUCAUACAACGCAGUGGUUGUACCUUUGAGGGUAAACCUGCUUUUGAGGAAUAAUUAGUACAAACGAAAUGAAUUUAACUAAACAAAAAAAAAAAACAAGGCCUUUUUUUAACUUAACAUCUAUAUUGUAUUUGAUUUCGAACUAUUUGGGGUUGUAAUAUAUUGUUUUUAAGCUAUUUUUAACUCAUUUGUAAAUUAACCUAAGCCCUUUUUAAAAUUUUGUACACACCACAACCUAACAGACUCCUCACUCUUUAAUAUUGUUUUAAUUUAACUUUCUUUCUUUUAAUAUUUUACCUGAUUUGUUUCUACAUAUUUGAUAUAUUUUGUUAACAAAUUUAUGGUUUAAUAUUUAAUCAGUGUUUAAUCGUUAUUAUUUUACACAUAUUGUGUAAAAUUGUUUAAUUGUCAUUUAAUAACUUUUCAUAAAGUUUAUUGUAAAAAACAUAACUAAAAACUAUAGCAAUAUUUUGUAAAUUUUAGCUGCUGAAAUAAAAAUAAUCAUGUAUUUACAUUAAUUGUAUUAAUUAAUUAAUAAAUAAAAGAAAAUAAUGAUUUACAAAGAA